CGUCCAGCUGACACAGCAUCCCCACCACCACCAGGGGGUGCAGCUUGGAGUGGAGGUGAUGGUGAGGGUGGGGGGGAGGAGGAGGAGGAAGAAGAAGUGGAGGAGAACGGUGUAGGAGGAUACAUUUACCAACCUCUGAACCAGGAACCUGAAGGAGACACAGUCAACGAUGAGAGAACAGCAGAGCCGGAGGAAGAUGACGAAGACGAUGAGACGGAGGCGGAGGCAGAGGCGACGCCAUCCCAAGUUCAGCAGCUGCAGCAAAGGAUCGAGGUGAUGGGUUUGCACCUUCCUGAAGCCCCGCCUCCUGACAGUGAUGAAGAGGAGAAUCCUGAGGAAGCAGCAGCACUGAGGAGUCGAGCCUCCAUCCCCAUGGAUGCAGAUCACGUGGAGCUGGUUAAGAGGACGAUGGCCGCCGUGGCCUUGCCGUCUCUGGGUGUACCAGCGUGGGCACAGGAAAUCUCCGACGACCAGUGGAAGGACAUGGUGGAACUAACGUUGCAGAAGCGGCAGAGUCGUAGCCCCGACGGGCCCUGAACACAUCGCACUAACAGGACUCGUCCAGCCGACAAACCUCCAAGUAUCUGGCACACGUUAGACUUUGACAACAUCAACAACGCCAGAAACCUGCGAAUAGGAAUGAGAUCCAUCAAAUCUGAACCAAUACAGUUCUGUUACCUUGAAUUAGGUACUAAUUGUAGCAAGCAAACUUAGUCCAAGCUCCAAAACUAACCUCUCUAUAUUUCCCUCAGACAGGACAGCCUGAUAUUUGGUACCAAUAGAUAAAAGUACGUUGGUACUUGGUGAUACUGACAUUUAGUUGGUGCAUAUCCCUUGUACAUAAUUCAUCAAAGUUUGUUUUUUGUUCAAAUUCUGAUCAGUGCAGACACUUGAUAAAUGAAGGGGGGGGAUUAACAGGUAAGUUUUCAGUGAUCAGAAUCAGCUGAUUGAGGCCUUUGUUACUAAACACACACACAAUGACAACAGACAAACUUUGAUUCCAGAGGUCGCAACACUUCCUGUACAAGUCGAACAUCGGUCGAUAAAUGGAUCAAUCAAAAGAAGUAAAGAGAAUUACCGACACUUGUGUUACAUUUCGCCUUUUAUUACAUUUUGUUGUGAUUGUAAGGGUAUGAAAGAGAGAGAGAGAGAGAGACUGAACUGUGGGACUCCUUCACUUCCUGUGUACAGACUGAUAUACCAUGUGACCUUUUUCAUUAAAGCACACGUCUGUGAAGGUU